CCAAACUUCCAUCAUCAUUAAGCUAGCGGAAACAAAGUGCUGUCACUCCGGAGGGCUUGGUCAAAAUGCCUCAAACCAACAAGUCAGCAAGCGGGGGCAGUGUGCCAGGACAAAUAUCUGCUCCCGAUCAGGGUGAGCCGCCGCCACAGGAGGCCAGGAACCAGGUGGCUGCUGGAGCUGUAGGUGGAGGAGCCGCUGCAGAAGACCAGGGAGACCCAGAGAUCAUCAAAUCACCCAGUGACCCGAAGAAAUACAGAUAUAUCGAGCUGACCAACGGCCUCCGAGCGCUCCUCAUCUCCGACUUCAGCGGGGCAGACGGGAAGGGAGGCGGUGAAAAGGCGGAGGACAAGGGAGACGCAGAGGACGCUGAGCAGGAGGAAGAGGAGGAAGGUGAGGAAGAAGGUGAUUCUGGCGAGGGGUCGGAGGAGGAUGAGGAGGAAGACGAAGAAGAAGAGCAGGACAGUGACUUUGAUGAGCUGGAUGAGGAGAACACAGGGAAGAAGAAGAGAGGGAGCUCCGAGAAGCAGGCGGCGGCUGCUCUGUGCAUCGGUGUGGGGAGCUUCAGUGACCCAGACGACCUGCCCGGCCUCGCCCACUUCCUGGAACACAUGGUGUUUAUGGGCAGUGAGAAAUACCCAGCGGAGAACGGUUUCGACGCCUUCCUGAAGAAGCACGGAGGAAGUGACAACGCCUCCACAGACUGCGAGAGGACCAUCUUCCAGUUCGACGUGCAGAGGAAGUAUUUCAGAGAGGCGCUCGACAGGUGGGCUCAGUUCUUCAUCUGUCCUCUGAUGAUAGAAGAUGCCAUCGACAGAGAGGUGGAGGCUGUGGACAGCGAGUACCAGUUAGCGAGGCCGUCUGACUCGCAUCGUAAGGAGAUGCUGUUUGGGAGUUUGGCUAAACCAGGACACCCUAUGAGCAAAUUCUGCUGGGGUAACGCUCAGACAUUAAAGCACGAGCCCAGAGAGAAACAGAUCAACACCUACCAGCGGCUCAGACAGUUCUGGAAGAGAUACUACUCUGCACAUUACAUGACGCUGGCUGUUCAAUCCAAAGAGACUCUGGACACUCUGGAGCAGUGGGUGAGAGAGAUCUUCAUCAAAGUUCCCAACAACGGUGAACCUCGACCCGACUUCUCUCACCUCCAGGAGCCGUUUGACACACCAGACUUCAACAAACUCUACAGAGUGGUUCCUGUGAGGAAGGUGCACGCUCUGACCAUCAGCUGGGCCGUACCGCCGCAGGGGAAGCACUACAGAGUGAAGCCUCUUCACUACAUCUCCUGGCUGAUCGGACACGAAGGAACCAACAGCAUCCUGUCUCUGCUCAGGAAGAAGUGCUGGGCUCUGGCUCUGUUUGGAGGAAACAGUGAGACGGGUUUCGACCAGAACACCACCUACUCCAUCUUCUCCAUCUCCAUCACCCUCACUGAUCAGGGCUACCAGAACUUCUACCAGGUGGUCCAGUUUGUGUUCCAGUACCUGAAGAUGCUCCAGUUUCUGGGCCCUCAGCAGAGGAUCUAUGAGGAAAUUCAGAAGAUAGAAGCCAACGAGUUCCACUAUCAGGAGCAGACGGAUCCCAUCGAGUUUGUGGAGAACAUCUGUGAGAACAUGCAGCUGUUUCCCAAAGAGGACUUCCUGACCGGAGACCAGCUCAUGUUUGAGUACGACCCGCAGGUGAUCAGUGCUGCUCUGUCCCUGCUGACUCCUGACAGAGCGAACCUGCUGCUGCUGUCACCAGAGAACGAAGGUCACUGCCCACUCAGAGAAAAAUGGUUCAGUACCUGCUACAGCAUGGAGGACAUCUCAGAGACGUGGGCUCAGCUCUGGGCAGAAGACUUGGAACUCAACCCUGAACUCCACCUUCCUGCUGAGAACAAGUUCAUCGCGACGGAUUUCACCCUGAAAACGUCCGACUGUCCGGACUCAGAGUUUCCUGUCCGGAUCACCAACACUGAGCGAGGCUGUCUGUGGUACAAAAAGGACAACAAGUUCAAGAUCCCGAAAGCCUAUAUUCGUUUCAACCUGAUCUCCCCAAUGAUUCAAAAGAGUCCUGAGAAUCUGGUGCUGUUUGACCUCUUUGUGAACAUCUUGGCUCACAACCUGGCAGAACCAGCCUACGAGGCCGACGUGGCUCAGCUGGAGUACAAGCUGGUGGCCGGAGAGCACGGCCUGGUGAUCCGACUGAAAGGUUUCAACCACAAACUGCCGCUGCUGUUGAAGCUGAUCGUGGAUCAUCUGGCAGAGUUCAGCGCUGAGCCGGGCGUCUUCACCAUGUUCUCUGAUCAGCUGAAGAAGACCUACUUCAACAUCCUCAUCAAACCUGAGAGACUCGGCAAAGACAUUCGUCUGUUGAUUCUGGAGCACUGUCGCUGGUCGGUCAUUCAGAAGUAUCAGGCCAUCAUGAAAGGUCUGACCGUCGACGACCUCCUGACCUUCGUCGGCGGGCUGAAGGCGGAGCUGUACACGGAGGGUCUGGUGCAGGGAAACUUCACCAGCACGGAGUCAAAGGAGUUUCUGCAGUACUUCAUCGAUAAGCUGCAGUUCCAGCCUCUGUCAGCAGAGGUCCCUGUGUUGUUCCGGGUGGUGGAGCUGCCUCAGAAGCAGCAUCUGUGUAAAGUCAAAUCUCUCAACAAAGGAGACGCCAACUCUGAGGUCACCGUCUACUACCAGUCGGGGCUGAAGAACCUCAGAGAACACGCUCUGAUGGAGCUGAUGGUGAUGCACAUGGAGGAGCCCUGCUUCGACUUCCUCAGGACGAAGGAGACUCUGGGGUACCAGGUGUACCCGACCUGCAGGAACACCUCAGGGGUGCUGGGUUUCUCCAUCACCGUGGAAACGCAGGCCACCAAGUUCAGCACAGAGUUUGUGGAGGCGAAGAUCGAGGAGUUCCUGGUCAGCUUCGGCGAGCGUCUGUCGAGUCUGAGCGAGGAGGCCUUCAGGUCCCAGGUGACGGCUCUCAUCAAGCUGAAGGAGUGCGAGGACGCCCACCUGGGAGAGGAAGUGGACCGGAACUGGUUUGAGGUGGUCACACAGCAGUACGUCUUCAAGCGGCUCAACAAGGAGAUCGAGGCCCUGAAGCUCUUCAGCCAGGAGGAGCUGGUCUCGUGGUUCCUGGAGCACAGAAACACCAGCAGCAGGAAGCUCAGCGUUCAUGUGGUCGGUUUCGGGGCGGAGGAGAACGACGCAGCGGAGCAGAGCGCCGCCGCCGGCCCCGACGGCGCCGACAACCCUCCGUCCUCGGCCUACGGCGAAGUGAGCGAGCUGACCUUCCUGACGGCCUCCUCGCCAUCGCUCCAGGACGUCACGCUCAUCACCGACAUCAGAGCGUUCACCUCCUCCCUCCCCCUCCACCCCUACCACAAAAUCCUCAGCUAGGUCAGCCUCACGGCGACGCGACAGGACGGAGAGUCAUGUGACGUCCUCGCCGUUUCUUUGGUCAGAGAUGAUCAUGUCACCGUGGAAACAGCUAAUCAGAGAGGACGCUGUUAGGGCGGACAGAAACGUGUGUUUAGUUAUUUUGUUUUACGUGAGUGGUUGUAAUAAUGCUGCAUUCACAUCCCGUGGGAAUAUUUUGUUUCGGCAGCGCAGAACCACUGUAGAUACGCUUAAAACGCUCCUGAAAAGUGACAAACCCAAAUCAUCAGUGUUAGAAAGCUGCUGACAGAGCGCAGCCUCUCCACGCCAGCUGGUCGCUCAGUCAGCUGGUCGCUCAGUCAGCUGGUCGCUCAGUCAGCUGGUCGCUCAGUCAGCUCGCCAUCAAUCAGCGGAUCAGCAGACAGCAGCGACUGCUCCUCUGAACAUUGAAGUUCUCCUGAACAUCAGUUUCGCUUCACGUUUCGCUCAGCGAGGCCUGAUCAGCUGCACGAUGAUCAACCCCAGAACACUCAACUCAGUGUGCACAGAAAACUACAGUCGUGGCGUCUCCGUAGAUUUAAAUGAGCCUGAAUGUGUCUGUUGUUGCUUUUAACUGUGAAAGGAUUUGUACGAUUAUUCCCCGGUGAAGUGAAUGCAGCGCGAUGACUCAGGGCUCUGGUUUAAAUUCAGUCUGUUAUGAAGAAGAAGAAGAGGAGGAGCAGAACUCCCACUUUAAUGUCGCUGCAGCCAGUAUCACUGAAAACUACUGUUUUUACUCCUGAGUUUAUAUUUGCGUGCUCGUACUGCUCUGACGGAGCCUGCAGAUAAAAUAUCACUGACGGUGAACGAGACUGUGACGUGUGGUCAGGAUGAAAGUCCACAGAAACAUUUUAAUUCCUUCAGUUUACAUUUCAAUUAAAAAUACCUUCAUUCAGUAAUACGUUGUAGUUCAGUUGUGUUUGAUUGUUCUGUCGUUGAGUUAUUAUAAUAAUUAUAGUUGUAAAAACAGAGACGACAGAUGAAACUGAAGCCUGUUUCAGUUCAUUGUGUCGAAGCUUAAACCAGGUCGUGGUGAUGAUGAUGACGAAGCUUCACUUGUCUUCGUUCGGUGUGACAGUUCAGUGAUGUGAUCAUUAGAAUGACGAGAAGAGACGAGGGACACCAGAAAGACGUCUUCAUUAGUCUGAGAACAUUAAUAACUGUGUUGUAAUAAAAGUUAUCUGAUAAUUUCAUGCAAAUCGUUCUUUAAACCAGCGACUCAAACGUUCCUCAAACACAAAGCACGAAGGUCGACUCUUCAUCGCUGCGUCGCUCCUUCGCGCUCCUCCUCACAGGUCAUUUGUCUGCUUGUUCGGCGGUUUUGUCCUCAGCUUGAAGCGGAGAGGUGCAGUGUGUCCUGAAGGUGGCGCCAGAGGGAAGGUCAUGUGACCAACGUCUCCUGCGCGGUGGUGAGAUUGACUCUACGUUGAAUUUAUAAGAUAGAAAAUGUUUUUCAGUGUCGUUGAAAACAUGAAUCACCCUGAAAAUCAAACCAAGAACUCGCUGCUGACGGGUCAUUAAAAGGAGGAAGUAUUCAGAUCAUUUACUGAAGUAAAAGUACUGAGACCACAGUAAAAGUACUGUUACAAGCUGAAGUCCUACAUUAAAAGUGUAUAAGUGGUUCAUGUCAAA